GAAGGACCUGGGCAAGACAAAGGUCUUCUUGAAGUAACGCAUUUGUCAUACUUGCUAAGUGCAAGUUUAAGAAGGUUGUGCUUGAAGUAUAUUGUGGAAACAGUGGUACGAGAAGUAACGAAAAGCUUGAAGACUUCUCAAAAGAAAAGGCAUAUGUCUCGCUUGUGUUAUGUGUGUCGACGUAAAGGGCACAUGGCUCAUUCGUGUCCGUUGAAAGAUCAAGGUCAUGAUCGAAGUUUGAAUAAUAAGUUGAUGGAAGUACGUCGUGUUGAUGUUGGUGAAAAGAAGUGUAAUGAACGAAGAGAAGAAAAAUUUAAGGACAAUGAUAAAAUGGUACGAAAAAUGGUAAAAAUUAAUGGAGAAUUUGCAGAAACAUUAAUUAGAGUUAGUUCGAAUGUGAAUAAAAUAAGUGUAAAGUAUGCUAAAAGAGUUGGAUUUACCUGGAAACGUCUGAAUAAGAGAAACAAUAGUCGUAUGGAUGAUGGUUGUAUUGGAUUUAUUCAUGGUGUUGAAGUUGUCGUUAACGAUGCGAAGUUUGUUCAAAAAUUCCAUGUAAUGAAAGAUUUGUCUGUUGAUGUGGUUCUUGGAAAGCCGUGGUUUGCAGCAUUGAGGUAUAGAUGUGAAUCGAAGAAGAAUGGUGAUAAUAAUGUUGAUUCUGUAAGAAUAGAGAAUGGAAACGUUAGUAUAAUGAAUGAAAAGAACAUAUGUAGAAAAGGACCCGAAAAAGAAUACGUGCCUGAUAUUCAUAUGGUGAAUAAAGAAGACCCAAAUCGUGAGUUCUAUGACGUGGUGGAUGUUAGAUGUAUGGAUUGUGAUGAAUCGAAUCGAGUGAAUGAGUACAUACCUGUAGUGUCUAAUGAUGAUAAAACGAAGG